UGCGUACCUCAGGUGACUCGAAAAGAGCAUAGUAUGCACAUUUUACUAUUUCUGGGCUAGCAACUUGUUUUAAGCGCCUCAGAACAUAUAAAACUGUGCUAAGUUUCCCACAUAGUUGGUUGAUAUGGUCACUCCAAGAAAGAGAUUCGUCAAUUAAUAUUCCUAGGUAGGCCUACUUUACGUUGUCCUAGGAAUAUUACGGCGUCCGGCAAUUCCAGCACUUCUUCUUUCUUCCUUCCCAUUAUUAGUCGCUGAGUCUUUGUUUGAUUCAAUACCAGGUCGUUUGCUUGACAGUAUUCUAUUGCCAUAUUUAUGGCAAUGUAUGUGUCUAUUUCCAAGGUCGUAGGUUGUUUAUUUUGUAGCAGGAGUGUCGUGUCAUCUGCAUACAUGACAUGAAGCAAUACCUUUUUAAGUAAAUAGUAGUAAAUUGUAGGUUCUAGGACAGAAUGUUAUCUCUCUGCGGGGGGUCCUUAUCAGUGAUAACCUCUGACCUUUUCCGCAUUCCUAUGAUAAACACGCGCUAGAUAACCCCGACCCCAAUUAAAAAUCAAUUAGAUAAGGCUUAUCAAAGAUAACCUUCGACUUUUUCCGGUUUGUCACGCGUCAGAUAACCUUGAGCUCAAUUAAAAAGCAUUUUGAUACGUCUUAUCGGAGAUUAGCACGUGCCACUAUUGUUUACGUUUCGUAUCGCGGUCUACUGACCUCAGGUUCACGGACGUUACUGACGUCAGUGAUGUUAUUGUUUACACUUGUCAACAAGAAGAAAAUUUUGUGUGAGAUGCUAGGGUACGAUUAUUUAAUGUUAUAAUAGAAAAACUGGAGAAAUUCGACCUGUUCAGAGUGGAUUCGUAUCGUCUACCAAGUGGACUUUCGGAGAUUCUAAAUGGUACAAGGCUUAAACAUUUCAAACCACUUCACGUAAUAGCAGUGAACCGACUCAGAACUCUCAAGUUUCAUCUAGUGAGGAAAAUACUCGCGUUGUGAUUCAAUAUCAUUAUUAUUAUUAUGAACGCGUGGGUAACGAUCCGUUUGUAUAAAAAACAAAGAGUUUGUGGAUACUCGAUUCAUGAACAUUGAUGAUAUCACUUUUAAUGAACUGAGAUAUUGUCAGUACCCAAAUUUAAUAUACUAGACAUUGAGUUUGAACUGAAAGCAACGACAGUUAACGAUCAUGUGCCUCCUAAUCCUCUAGAUGAGGGGUAUAAAAAUGUGUGCGUAAAAACUUUAAAUAUGAAUGUACCAAACAGCAAUUACAAGCGUGAACGGUAUCUCGUUAAAGAUUUUUCAGAAUUUACUGUUUUUGUUGUGCAAUUCGAUUGUGUUCGUAGUUAGGCUAUGACUCAUUGUCGAUAAUAAUGUGCUUAUUAAUCAUAUUUAGUUGUUAUAAAUGGAAAACUUCACAAUGGUAUUUAUUAUUAUAAUUUGCUCCAUCAUGGUGAUAUUAAGUGCAACAUAAGCACUCUUCCUUCAUGUUGUUUGUGUUGUUUAUAGUCAACAUAAUUUUACAUCUCAACAUUGGAUUAACACAUAGAGUGCGGCGCGGUCACCGGUUACCGCCAAAUACCCUCGCUAGAGUGCGCGGCGGUCACCGGCGACCGCGCGCACCGCUCUCUGUUUGUAGUUUCAGUGUGGUUCAGCCACUCGUUUGAGCUGGGUGAAACUACGUCGCUUCUCAGUUAGACAUCGGGUCGUGUCAGUGGACGUAUUAGUUUCGGUUUCGGGCGUAGUGCGGUGCGGUCAUCGGCGACCGCCGUUUCUUUUCUUUUUCUCUUUGAAAUAGUGAAGUGUUGAGUGCUUAGUGAGUGUAAAUAUAGUUCUUAGAAUUGUUUACUUCAUUGAAAAUGGAUCUUCCUGGAACUUCGACACAAAGUGGUGCACACUGUGCCGACGACAGUGACGAUGAAGUGCCUCUCGCAAACCAAAAUGUGGAUCCUAUUCAGAAUUUAGUGGAUGGUGAUUCUGAUGAUCUGUCAAGUGAAUCCUCUGAUGUGUCUUAUAGUUCCGAUGAUGACCUAGACAUUGGCACAGCCCCCCCUGUAUGGGCUUUGACAACUUCCGGAUUGAGACCCAUUACUUUUGUCCGCCUGUCUGGACUUCUAGUACCUUGUCCUGGCCAAGGUAAACCAAUAGAUUAUUUUAGGCUCUUGCUUGAUGACAUUUUCUUAGAAAACGUAAUCAAGUUUUCAAAUGCCUAUGCCUUUGAAGUGUUCAAAAAACCAGAUCUGACACCAAAUUCCCGAAUAAACAAAUGGAAAGACAUUACAAUGGACGAGUUAUUGCACUUUAUCGGACUUCUCUUGCACACUGGAACAAUUCGACUAAAUCGUCUCCAGGACUAUUGGAAGACUGAUAAGCUGUUUAGUUUACAAGUUUUCCGCCAUGUGAUGUCAAGGGAUAGAUUUUUGAAUAUUCUACGAUGUUUGUAUUUUCACAAUCCUAACCACCAGGAAGAAACUAGUAUGGAUAAAAUCAAAUUUGUUGUUGGUCAUUUUAAUAACAAAAUGAAUGACAUUUACUAUCCACAAAAAGAACUUUCUUUAGAUGAGGCGAUGAUUCUUUGGCGAGGCCGUCUACAUUUUCGCCAGUACAUAAAAGGAAAGCGCCAUAAGUAUGGUGUGAAGUUGUACUCACUGACAGAACACUCUGGACUGAUUCUAAAAUUUCACGUAUAUGGUGGCUCAUCAGAUUUGGAAGUAGGGGGGAAAGGUCACACAGAGAAGGUUGUUUUGUAUUUGUUACAGGAAAAAUUAAAUAAUGGCCACUCCAUUUUCAUGGAUAACUUUUACAAUAGUUACUUGCUGGCCUCAAAACUCCUUGCACGGAAUACCUAUUGCACCGGGACUUUGCGCCUCGAUAGGAAAAAUGUCCCAAAUGACAUACAGAGUGCUAAACUCAAAAGAGGUGAAACAGUGGCACGAUAUGGGAACAGCGUAAUGAUCGGUAAGUGGCGUGACAAACGUGUUGUGACCUAUAUAAGCACCGAAUUUGAAAAUGAAAUGGUGGACUUUAUUACCAAACAUAAAACUACUUUGAAAAAGCCACUUCCCAUCAUACAGUAUAACGCGUACAUGAGUGGUGUGGAUAGGGCUGACCAGUUACUGUCUUAUUAUCCCUGUGAAAGAAAGACAAUGCGCUGGUAUAAGAAAAUCUUCAUCCACAUCCUACAAAUGAUGCUUCUAAAUGCACACAACCUACACAACAAAUACCAGCGAAAAAUAAACUUCUAUAAGUUCAGACUUGAAGUCAUUCGAUCACUUUUGCCACCUCUGGACGUUGCUGUUGAGAGCCCCGGUCAAAAACGAGCGCGACUUGGGAUGCAUCAAAUUCAAAAAAUUGAAGGCCGAACUGCAGCGAACAGAAUUCAAAGAAAAACUGUCGAAUCUGUUGUCAGACCACACGCAAUAAGAAAACACCUUGGUUCUGUGCAACUUGUCCAGAUAAGCCUGGCCUGUGCUUCGGCGCUUGCUUCGAAAAGUAUCAUGAAUAAAAAACUAAACCUGUGUAAAUAGUGUAAAUAAGUAAAACUUUUAGUUGAAUAAAUACUGAAGACAAUAUAGGUUAGAUUAUUGUACAUACUACGGACAGUUUCAAACAUAGUGUUGGAGUUAUACUCGGUGUGUAGCGGUCGGGACGAUGCUGUGACGCUGGCGCAAUACAUAGUGGCGUACGUGGGAUGCGGCGCGGUCACCGUUGACAGUGAUUUUCAAAAUUGAAAAAACCUCCAAAAAACUGACGGGAGCCCGAUUUCAACCACCAUUCCUUCAUAACACCACCAAAACGUAAGUUUAUAUGCAAUAAUAUUUUUUCAGUUAUCUGGUAAGUUUUUAAAUAUUUUUACCGCAGUCAAUGUGUUAAUGGGAGCACACAUAUAGCUCACGCAAUACCAAACAAAACAAAAAUAAAUUUAUACUAUUCGCCACAAUCAUCUGAUCAACCGUUACUAAGCUUGAAUUAUUUAAAUAUUACACAUGAGAAAAGUGGUGAAUUUCAUAAAGAUGAACCCACUGGAGCAACACUUUCGUUUGAAGAUGACAGUGAAUACGAUUUAAAUGAUUUAUAUGGUGGAGAAGGAAUGAACUCCUCUGAAGAGAUCCUAACAUCAGAAGACAAUUACACUUAUUACAAUUCGAAUUCGGAAAAUAGUUGUUGUCAACAAUUUGAUGAAUGUUUAGAAAUUAAUGAAUCUUUUAAAAAAGACAUUGAAGACUAUAUUACGAGGAUACAACAGUUAAAUGGUGUAAUUAUAAGGUUGAACGCGACGAUACAUGUAUUAGAGCAUGAUGCUGAAGUAAGGAAUAGAGAUUUGUAUGAAUUAAAAUCCGGAAGAUCAAGAUGUAAAUACUAUCGAAAGAGAAAUAUGAAUAGAUAUCAUCGCAACGGUUGAACAUGAAACUAUGCAUUAUAUCUUAUCAGAAACCUUUGAACCACAUAUUACGACGUAAUUUUAAAAUAUAGAUAUUUAUAUCGUGUUUUGUAUUUCUUGCAUAUCAUUCUGUGACCUGGCUCUGAAUUGAACGGAUAAAAAUGGAGUUUAUUAUAGAUUUUCAAGGUUUUAAAAAUGUUUCCAACGAGUUUAUAGUGAAAGAACUAGCUCUUAUAUCUACAGAUGCACAAGUAUAUGAACUUCAUCUGUUUCAACCGCCAUGUGAUUUUGAUGAACUUCCUCAUAAACUUCAAAAACAAGUAAUUUGGUUAGAAAGAAAAUAUCAUGGACUGUUUUGGGGAUCAGGUUGUAGAGAAUACAAUGAACUGAAGGAUAUAUUUAAAAAUUUGAAUUUAAAUGGUAACGUUUACGUGAAAGGAAAUGAAAAACAGAAGUUUAUCACUAAUUUACUAUCAGAUUUUGAUGUAAAUGUUGUGAAUUUAGAAGAUCUCGGUUGUCCGUGUUUAGCAACUUUAAGAUCUUAUUUCUUCCAGCCAUCCUUGAUGAAAGAAUGUAAUUUCAAUCAUACCUUUCACAACUGUGCUUAUGUUAAUGUUCAUGUUUUGUGAAAUUGGUUGAAAAACCAAAAAUUGGUGGAGGAAAGAGUUGAAAAAGUAAAUUUGGCUAUUAAAGAGUGUUACUAUAAAGGAUACAAGAACAUGACAGUGGAACUAGUCAAGUGUCUUCCAAAAGAGUUUAUUGUAAACCAUUCUGAGGACGUGGAAAACGUGUAUGAUAAGCUUCCGGAUAAAAUGAAAUAUGAUGUGGAUAUUUUAUUAAGUAUGAAGUGUACGGAACAUUAUCCAGAUAAUACAAAUACUCCGAAGAGAAGGCAUUGCAAUUAUUGUGUAACCAAGAAGGUUGCAUCAUCAUCUGUACAAAGUUCAUAGAUAAAUGAACUCUAUUGUGAAAUAAUUGACAGUAUUGGCUUGUCGGUCUUAUUGUAAACAAUGAUGACAGAAAACAGCUACGAUGAGUGCUGCAGAAUGUUCAAUUUCAGUAAAAAGAAUUUAAUAACGUCAGGAUUUUACCGAUCAAAAUGUUUUGAAUAUAUUGUUUGCUGUGGAUGCGGGUGGCAGUCAGAUAACUCAAGGGGGGUCGGCAUGUCCUAUCUUCCCUAUGUAAAAUACCAUAUCUUUAGGUACACAUAUCUCAAUAACUAAUAAAGAUAUCCAGUUAAUUCUUUUUUUGUUGUGUUCCCCACACCUUAAUCUUUAAUUAGAGCGAUUGGUUUUUAUUUCUCAAAAUGUUUUCCCAAAAAAAUCUUUUUUUUAAUUAGUCAUUAAAU